AACAAAUCUCUGCUGUGUUUAAGUGUCGUGUUUCACAAUUUUGUUCUGAAUAAAAUUAGGAGUUAAAAACGAGUUUCGCAGUUUGAUAAUAAGCAGUUGAAAAGUUUUCGUCAGAGCUGUCAAAUGUCGCCAUGGCCACAAAGACAGACCAACUUCUUAUCGUUCUGUCCAUCCUGGAAGGUCGUCACUUCCCGAAGAAUCCCCGGCUCAGCCUGGUGGUCCAGGCAAGCUUUGAUGGCGAGCAGCUGGCCACGGACCCAGUGGAGCACAGAGAUCAGCCACAGUUCAGCACCGAGCUGGCCUGGGAGCUCGACCGCAGGACGCUACACCAACACAGACUGCAGAGAACGCCCAUCAAACUUCAGUGUUUCACAGUUGACUCUUUGAGUAAGAAGAGAGAGAGUGUUGGCUACAUCGUCCUGGACCUCCGAUCUGUACAAGAGAUCAAGCCGGAGCCUCGCUGGUAUCCGUUGCUGAGCAGCAAAUAUACCAAACAGAGACCAGCCCUCCUCCUCAGCAUGAUGCUGGAGAACGACACCAAGCCCUCCGAACCCUCUCCCGAUAGGUUCAAAGCCAAGAAGGCCCCGCCCCGACAAGGUUCUCCUGCAGUAACUGACCUGCUCUCAGACGACCUGGAGGCCAUACUGAUCCAAGACCAGGGUUACCACCAAAUUGGACCGGCAGAUCACUGCUCUGACAUGUUCGUUCUGUCCGUCACUGUGGCCUUUGCUACCAAACUGGAACAGCUGAUCCCCAGCACUAUGAAACUGUCAGCAGAGGGGUCAGAGUUCUUCUUCUACUACUCUUUACUGGGGAACGACAUCACCAGUGAGCCUUUCCACAACCUGCUGAGCCCCGACUUCGAGCCGGAGCGUGCCUCUGUGCGCAUCCGCAGCAGCAAACGGAUCCUCCAGACCUUCCUGUCUCAGCAGCCCAGUUUCCAGAUCCACCUGUGCUGUGGGAAUCACUCUCUGGGCAGCACAGACAUCUCUCUCUCAGCCCUGUCCACUGUUUCUGUGGAUCUGGAGAACAAGGCAGCGACAGUGGAAGGAGCAUUUGUACUCCAACCACCUAAACGCAUCAAACAGGCACUGCAGGCUCUGCCUGCCGACCUGCAGCCGACCGUAGGAGUGGCUGUUACCCUGAGGAGGGAAGAAGUCACACCACAGUCUUUAAGGAAUAAAGAUGGAAGUGGAGUUCAGACACACUCCAACCCUCCUCCUUCUGUCCCUCCCUCUGUUCCUCCCGCUGAACAGAGACCUCGAAGCUCCUCUCCAGUCCGAAAACAUCCUGAUUCUUCUCCUCCCGGUCCUCCUCUUUCUCCUCCUUCCUCUCAUACAGAGAGUGAAGCAGAGAGUCUGCUGAAGGAGCUUCAACAUGGCAAAGACCUGGUAGGACUGGCAGCUGCAGAUUUUGAGGUUCCUGUGCAGCACCAGAGUCAAACUGAAGCUACAGCAGAGGGUGGAGCAUCGUCUGUCAGUGUCUCAGCUCCCAAAGUGUCCAUUCCCGCCUCCGCCCAUCACUACUGCUUCUCUCUGGACCUCCGCAGCCUGGGAAAGCUCAGCCUGGCACACCCCAUCGCUGCCACACUAAGGUAUUCGUAUCAGUUCUUUGGCAGUCCAGCUCCUAUCAUGACCAACCCUCCUGUAGAGCUGCAGAGGAACAUGGAGGCUUCUCUGCCUCAGUCCUACUGUGCCUUCGACUUUGCUGCUCUGCCACAACAACUACAGGACACCUUCGUCAGAGUUCCUCUGGUGGUGGAGGUUUGGCACAGAGACUCCACCAGCAGAGACCAGCUAAUAGGACAAGCCUCCAUCCAGCUGUCUCACCUGCUGCGCUCUGAGAGGAGUCGAUUACUGGCAUCAACAGGAGAGCAGAGCUGGAGACAGACUCACCAGGACCGGAUCCCUGUGGUCAAAACACACCGACCCAGUGAAAAGGUGGCAGAGUUGAGCUAUGUGGCAACACUGGACGACCUGGGAUUGGUUAAAGCCAGAGAAGUCAUUGUAUCUGACUCUUCACAGAGCGAACCUGCAGUCCCCACACAGCCAACCUCCCACCCUGCAGCACCCAGACCUGCUGCUCCCAGUCUGAACCCCACCCCGCUGGGCCAAGCUGCUCCACCUGCCCCUAGAGACACCCUGGAGUACCGCACGGCUCUCGAGCUGGAGCUGUGGAAGGAGGAGCAGGAGGAUCUGUUUGAUGAUCAGUUGAGGAAGAAAGAGCUGAGCCACAUGCAGGCUCUGGCAGAGGAGUGGAGGAGAAGAGACAGAGAGAGAGAAGCUCUGGUCAAGAAGAAGGAGGUGGAGUAUAAUGUGUUGGAGGAGCAGCUCCAGAAGACCCUGUCUGAUCUGGAGAAAAGAGAGAAACAGCUGCUUGAAGCCGAGAUGGAGACUCAGAGGCUGCAGAGGGAGCUGCGGGCAGAGCACGAUCUGACCCAGAGGGAGCUGCAGGAGAGCAGCAGGAGGCUGCGGCAGGAGUGUGAUCACCGGGUGGCUCUGGAGAGAGACAAAGUCCGACUGAUGGAGGAGGAGAGAGCCCGGCUGCUGCAGCAGAUUGCAGAUGGGGAGUCUCGAUAUAAGCAGCUGGAAAAAGAGUUCCAGCUCUACAGAGAACAGCAGAACAUCAGGCCUGAGUUCAGACUGCAGUCAGAGAUCAACUUAUUGACUCUGGAGAAGGUGGAGCUGGAGAGGAAGCUGGAGUCCACCACCAAGUCCAAGCUGCACUACAAGCAGCAGUGGGGGCGCGCCUUAAAAGAGCUGGCCAGGUUCAAACAGCGGGAGCAGGAAAACGCCAUGACACGUCUGAAGAAGCAGCAGGCGGAGCUUGAGGCCAUGAGACUGCGUUACCUAGCAACAGAGCAGAAGGAGGCGGUUCAGCAGGACAGGCAGGAGCUGGACGACAUCAGGAACGAACUCAACAGAUUAAAGCAGCAGGAGGAGGACAGAUUAGGCCCCGCCUCGUCCCUGUGUGGCCCCGCCCCCGCUCAGAGUGUGAACGAGAGCGCUGAUGAACACCUGAGCCGCCUGUUAGAGGAGAGAGACACUCUGCUGAGGACCGGAGUAUACACCCACGAUGACCGAAUCAUCGCUGAGCUCAACAGACAGAUACAGGACGCCAUGAGGGACAGGGGGAAUCUCUGACAGCUGCUUAAACCGACCAAUCAGAGACAGUGCCACACCUGAGGCUGCAGGUAACCCAGCUGUUGGCAGAGGGACUCACCUGAGCUCUGAGGCUGUUUGUAUGUCUGUUUCAGGUCAUGAAUCUAUCCACUUUUGUUAUUUUGAAAGAAUAGAAACACAUUUUGUUCAGCGAGAUGAUGCGACAGAUAAAAAGAAAGUUGGCAGCAUACAGGUUCAGACUAGAAUCCAUCUAUUCUGUGAAUACUUAAAGGAAUAAUUCAGUCAAUCUCAUGUCAUGUCAGGACUUCAUAAGCCUAUUUUAGCAUAAAGACUAGAAGCCCGGGUUGUUUAAUCUGUGCAUCAACAAAAAUAGUAUAAACACAAAUUUAUGUGCUAGAACUGUUUCUUUUGUGCACAAACAAACAGUCAUGUUAACUAGUGAGCUGUUGGUGGGCACAUUUUUCAUCUUUCCCCCUGCUUUCAGUCUUAAUGCUAAGCUAGGCUAACCACAUCCCAAUGCCAGCUGUGUACUCAGCACACCGUCAUGAGAUGACAGUGUUCCUUUAACAUGUGUCAGACAAGUCAAAAGAUAUUGCUGCCUACACCAAUAAAUAGUAUUGUUAAAUUAAAUAAUUAAAAUAAAAGUGUAAAAAGACAAAUACAGCUUUAUACUUUACGUCUAACAACCAGUUGUUUGGUAAGAAAGAGGUAAACUCUUUUUUUCCCUUUACCAGCAUUAAGUUGAUCAAAUUAAUUACAAUAUAAGUUAUUUGACUCUUCUAUUCAUUUAUUUUGGGUCCUGGCACACAUUUAAUCAUUUCCUUUUCCUCAUGCUAACAUCAUGACCUGGUGUUCUGCAGGGCUGCAUAAAGCUUUCCAAUCAUUUUUACACUUUUUACACUUCCUUUAAUUAAAUAUUUACCAAACCAUGUCAUAUCAGGAUCAAUCAGAUCACUGUAUUGAUCCCUGAGGGGAUAUUAUAUUGAUGUUUUCAGCUAUAUUUUGACUUUGAUGACUCAUUUUGUCCAUACAUGAACUACAGAGGAAGCCUCAGAGCUCUUCCAGACUACAGACUGUUUAUGACGUUGGGGGAGUGUAUUAACAGUUUCUGUUAGUGUGCCAUUACACCAAACUGGGUGAACUGGUGAUAAAAUUGUAAAGGUUUGAACUUGAGUUUUUCAGAUUAGCUGCUGCUGUUUGUGUGUUUAUGUUCAUGUGCUGAAGGAGAGUUCAGAUGGGACCUCUUUUCUUCUCUGGCCUGGCAAAUCAGAUGCUCAUGUGGUUUAUAUCAGUCCUGUUGUGUGUUUGUGUGUGUUCAUGCUCUAAUAAUCCUCAGCCAGCCUUCUUCUGAAAAGCUCCACAGUUUUAAUGCAACAACACUCAGAUGCCACAUGUUUGUCAGAAGGUUUUGGUGUCUGUAAUUGUUGCUCGUGUCCAUUCUGGUCCUGAAUGUGCGACAGAAUCCACCAUCCAGUGAAAAGGACUUCUAAAGUUCAGCUAAAGCUAACAGGAGUUAGAUAGAUAGACACUGUAAAAUGAAUGCAGUACUGUUUACAGGGACCAGUAAUGAUGCUGUAUUAAGACAUGAGACGCUCUUCUUUAAGAGACCAGGCUUCAGUUUUACUUGUCUGAGCUUUUAAACUACAAACUGCUGGACAUUUUUAUCACGACCAACCGUCUUCCAUCGUCUCCUUUCAGGCAGAGGCCGCCCUCAGUUCAUCGUGUGAGCGCGCUCACUGUUGAUACGUUCAAGGAUGCUUUGACAUUUCAGAAUCUGCACAAUCCUUUUCACACUGUUCACUGGAGCUCAAAGGAUUAGUCAGUUUAUCAAUUUGAUGACUGUCAGAACAUUAAUCAGGGAUCGGUGGCAGCAUCUCAAAUGUGAAUAUUUCGCUGGUUUUCUUAAACUUGAAUGAUACUGAAUAACUUCAGCCUUUCAGACUAAACAUCAUCUUGAGUUCUGUGAAUCUUAUGUGAUGAAUAUUUACUGAUGUUUUAGAAGCAGAACAUUAAUAAAGCAAAUAAUCUGCAGAUGAAUCCACAUCUGCUUGUUGGUCCUGUUGGAUUAGAUUUUAAAGCAGCACAGCUGUUUGUAAGUUCACUCUCAUGUCAGAGCGUCACCAAGGAGACAAAACAAGAAUUUAACUCUCACACAGAAUAUCUGACAUAGACUAAACACCGACUGUUGUUAUUUAAUUUGAAAAAUGAUCCCAGUCGUUAAUGUGCCUGUUCCUUUAAUAUGAUUGUUUGAGCAUCAGAGGAUUCAAAUCUGAAGCAUUAAUGAACCUGAAGCAGCAGAACAGGAAAUCAAAUCUGUUGUUAAGUUAUUAGAAGACGUGUUGAUGAGUUCAUGUACACUCUGUAAAGUAUUGAUGUUUGUUCUGAUGAGAGGUUUUUAUGUGACAGCAGGUGGCGCUACAGCCUCAGAGAAACCUGCAAACGCUCCUCUGACCUGCACACGCAGUGAGACAUUAACUUAUUUUUUAUGAUCAGGAAUGACUGAUAUCUGUGU